CUGGCGAGGGUGACACCAAGCCGACUUUACGCGCUCUCCCAGAAGCUCAACGGGAGGAGGGGGCGAGGGUACCUUUUUUUUUUUUUUUUUAAUUCCUCUCCCCACCCUUUCUGGGGUUCUUGUCCGCAGUGAUUUUUUUUUCCUUCUUUUUAAGAGAUUCCUCUCACCACCUCCCCAGUACCACCAGUGUACAGCUCCUAACGGGUUCCGCUUUGUUUUUACGACUCCCCCCCCACCCCCCACGAAUCACUUGUCAGAUCAAUUUUACCUUCUCCCUCCUCCCUACUUCCCACUCUCCCCUCCUCCCCUUCCAAACCCCUUCUCCGAGGUUAAACAUUUUACAAGCUAGCUAUGCUGUUAUUCGAAUUGUGACUUUUUCUUUUACCCCCUCCUCCCAUAUCUACUCUUCUAGACGUUUAUUUUUGCCCUUCCCCCGCCUAGCGGGGCGGGGGGUAAGGGAAGAGAAAAUAAUACAAUUUCAGGGGAAGUCGCCUUCAGGUCUGCUGCUUUUUUUUUUUUUUUUAAAUAAUAAUAAUAAUAAUAAUAAUAAGGACAUAGAAAACACCAGUCUUGAACUUCACUUCAAGAGCCUCGGCUGCAAAGGAAAUCUCCUUUGUUUUGUUAUUUAUAUGCUGUCAAGUUUUGAAGUGUUCUGGCAGGUGAUCUGUAAGACAGUGACUGAGUAUGGAUCAUUUGAACGAGGCAACUCAGGGGAAAGAGCAUUCAGAAAUGUCUAACAAUGUGAGUGAUCCGAAGGGUCCACCGGCCAAGAUUGCCCGCCUGGAGCAGAACGGGAGCCCCCUAGGAAGAGGAAGGCUCGGGAGCACAGGUGGAAAGAUGCAGGGAGUGCCUUUAAAACACUCGGGCCAUCUCAUGAAAACCAACCUUAGGAAAGGAACCAUGUUACCAGUAUUCUGCGUGGUGGAGCAUUAUGAAAACGCCAUUGAGUAUGAUUGCAAGGAGGAGCACGCAGAAUUUGUGUUGGUGAGGAAGGAUAUGCUUUUCAACCAGCUGAUAGAGAUGGCGUUGCUGUCUCUAGGCUAUUCACACAGCUCUGCCGCCCAAGCCAAAGGGCUCAUCCAGGUUGGGAAGUGGAAUCCAGUUCCACUGUCAUAUGUGACAGAUGCCCCUGAUGCCACGGUGGCAGAUAUGCUUCAAGAUGUGUAUCAUGUGGUCACCCUCAAAAUCCAGUUACACAGUUGCCCUAAACUAGAAGACUUGCCUCCUGAACAAUGGUCGCACACCACAGUAAGGAAUGCUCUGAAGGACUUACUGAAAGAUAUGAACCAGAGUUCGUUGGCCAAGGAGUGCCCCCUUUCACAGAGCAUGAUCUCCUCCAUUGUGAACAGCACGUACUAUGCAAAUGUCUCAGCAGCAAAAUGUCAAGAAUUUGGAAGGUGGUACAAACAUUUCAAGAAGACAAAGGAUAUGAUGGUUGAGAUGGAUAGUCUGUCUGAACUAUCCCAGCAAGGUGCCAACCACGUCAAUUUUGGCCAGCAGCCUGUCCCGGGAAACACAGCUGAGCAGCCUCCAUCCCCUGCGCAGCUCUCCCACAGUAGCCAGCCCUCUGUCCGGACCCCUCUUCCGAACCUGCACCCUGGGCUUGUGUCAACACCGAUCAGUCCUCAACUGGUCAACCAACAGCUGGUGAUGGCUCAGCUGCUGAACCAGCAGUAUGCAGUGAACAGACUCUUAGCCCAGCAGUCCUUAAACCAGCAGUACUUGAACCACCCUCCCCCCGUCAGUAGGUCUAUGAACAAGCCUUUGGAGCAGCAAGCUUCCACGAACACGGAGGUCUCCUCUGAAAUCUACCAGUGGGUGCGGGAUGAGCUGAAACGGGCCGGAAUCUCACAGGCAGUGUUUGCGCGCGUGGCUUUUAACCGAACUCAGGGAUUGCUUUCUGAAAUCCUCCGAAAGGAAGAGGACCCCAAGACUGCAUCCCAGUCUCUGCUGGUAAACCUUCGGGCUAUGCAGAAUUUCUUGCAGUUGCCGGAAGCCGAAAGAGACCGGAUAUACCAGGAUGAGAGGGAAAGGAGCUUGAACGCAGCCUCAGCCAUGGGUCCUGCCCCGCUGCUGAGCACACCACCCAGCCGCCCUCCCCAGGUGAAAACAGCUACCCUUGCCACUGAGAGAAAUGGGAAGCCAGAGAACAAUACUAUGAACAUUAAUGCCUCCAUUUAUGACGAGAUUCAGCAGGAAAUGAAGCGUGCUAAAGUGUCCCAAGCACUGUUUGCAAAGGUUGCCGCCACAAAAAGCCAGGGAUGGCUGUGUGAGCUGUUGCGCUGGAAAGAAGACCCUUCCCCAGAAAACAGGACCCUGUGGGAGAACCUGUCCAUGAUCCGAAGAUUCCUCAGUCUGCCCCAGCCUGAGCGCGAUGCCAUCUAUGAGCAGGAGAGCAAUGCUGUGCAUCACCAUGGCGACAGACCUCCCCACAUCAUCCAUGUUCCAGCAGAACAGAUUCAGAGCCUCUCUCCCAGCACCCUUGGGAAAGGAGAGUCUAGAGGCGUUUUCUUACCAAGUCUGCUGACCCCUGUACCAUGGCCCCAUGCUGCCCCUCAGCAGCAGCAGCAGCAGCAGCAGCAGCAACAGCAGCAGCAGCAGCAGCCGCCGCCACCGCCCCAGCCCCAGACCCAGCCCCAGGCAGGCCCCAGGCUCCCCCCACGGCAGCCCACCGUGGCCUCCUCCGCGGAGUCCGACGAGGAAACCCGGCAGAAGACCAGGCCACGAACCAAAAUUUCCGUGGAAGCCCUGGGGAUCCUUCAGAGUUUCAUCCAAGACGUGGGCCUGUACCCGGAUGAAGAGGCCAUCCAGACUUUGUCUGCACAGCUGGACCUCCCGAAGUACACCAUCAUCAAGUUCUUUCAGAACCAGCGGUACUACCUUAAGCACCACGGCAAGCUGAAGGACAACUCCGGCUUGGAGGUGGAUGUGGCCGAGUACAAGGAUGAGGAGUUGCUUAAGGAUUUGGAAGAGAGCAUCCAGGAUAAAAACGCCAACACCCUUUUCUCAGUGAAACUCGAGGAAGAGCUGUCGGUGGAAGGGAACACAGACAUUAAUGCUGACCUGAAAGACUGAGAGAACAGUAUUCUUUUCAGCCGCGCGCCACUGGUAUUUCCUAACAACAUGAGAAGUCCACCUUGUGUUCGCUCAGAAAAACCUUCAUUGUUUAUUGUUUGGCCAAUGAAUCUUCGGAAACUUGCACAAACAGGAGGGAAGUUGGAAGGACAGGACAGCCAGCACUCAAGGUUUUACUCUGUUUUACAAAACUGCUUGGCAGCCCCCCCCGGUGAAGCAUCAAGGAUUGUUUGGUAGAAUUUGUGUUCAAGGGCUGCACCCAGGUGUUGUACCCUGUCAGCAUGUUACCAGAAAUUGGUUUUCUUUUCGAUUAUUAUUAUUCUGGAGCCUCAAAUAAGCAUUAUAACUUCUGUGAUUAUGAUUGCCUUUUCUUUAAUGAUUUCUGUAACACUCCACACUAGUCUUUGGAAACUGGCCCCUUAUUUUAAAGAGAAAAAGGAAAAAAAAAAAAAAGAGAGAGAGAGAGAGUUUGUUACUCGAUUGUAUGUUAAAAAAAGAACUAUAGACUGUGGAAUGCAGUUUAAAGAUGACAUAUGCCAACAAAUGCCUUGUAUUGUAUGGCACUGCCGUAAUUAAAAUUUGUUUUUUAUUUUGGAAAUAAAAGUUCACUGUAAUUUUUUUUUCAUCCUCAUUGUUACAUGAUUUUUUUUUUUAAGGAAAAGAAAAUGUGAAACACAAUUUAGUCCUUGUUAUUUAUUUGUAGAUCCUGCAGCAUCAUGUCAUAAUUAAGUUUUUUGGAGAUUUCUGUUAAAUGUAAUGUUGCUUUCCCAUCCUGAUUUCCUUUCUAUUUAUAACUGUAUUUUGAUGGGCAGUAAAACAAAGUGUCUUAAAAGUUUUAAAUAGAGAAAAAUGUGCUUUACACAGUUGCCUAUAAAAGUCUAUGUUAUCCAAGCAAUUCACCCUAGAAGCUUCGGUCUCGUUGUUGUAUGCAAUUUUUACUAUCAUGCAAAUAAGCUUAGGUAAAUAAAACUAAUAGAUCACCUUAGAAAAUUAUGCAAUUAAUGUGAAAAUAAUUGAUGUUUGCAAUGUGUCUUUCUUUGGUUUACAAUCAAUUUUAAAGCGACAUCUGUAUAAAGUUUCUGUAUAAAGGUGUAUUUCUUUUUUAUGAGUUUAUGGCUAUGAAAACACCAGCUAUUUUGUUACAGCUGCUGUUUUUAUAAGUGUAUCACAGUUUUCUUUAUGCAGAAAUGUGCUGAUUAGGAGUGGUUAUUGACUGUAACUACACAAUUAAAAUUGUUUGUAUGGUAUGACAUGGCAGGGUUUGUCUGCUUAUGUGAAGUAACUUUAACCAGGCUCAAGGACGGCUGUCAGUUAGGGGCAUGCUCACGCUUUCUUGGUGAUAGCUUGUGGGUUCUGAAAAGCAACCGAACACUCCCUGAGAUACUCAGUUCAAGCUACCCAUAUGCUCAGUUUUCAAUAGUUGUGGAAUUCCACAAUGCAGACGAUAAUCUGCUUUUGCUCAUUACACCAGACAGUCAAAGACUCCAACAGAAAUAUUACUGUGGCAGUUAAGUACUUGGAAUGGCCAUACCUGCUUUUUCUGCACAAUCCUCCCGUUAGGGCAAUAUUUUCUUCAAGCUAGGGUGCAUUUUUUAAAAAAGCCAUCAAUAGCAGCAUGAACAAGGGAACACAUGGGCCUUCUGUGUGAGUGAGAAUGCUUUGCAGGAAACAGUUUAGGGGAGGGGCUUUUUUUGGUGUUGACUUGUUUUACAAGUCCUAGGUAGGCAAGGUGAACAGCCCCGACUUGAUUGGACUGCCUUUGUCAAAACUGAGAACCACGUGGAGAAAGGAGGAGGCAGAGCCCUGGACUCCCAAAUCUAAACUGCUGCAUCAUGGCCCAGGCUGGCAUACUGUGCCUGGCUCCGGGGGAAACCUUCCAUUGGCUGUGUUUCUCUGUCUUUUGUAUCCCUUUGUUAGGGUUCCCUGGUUGCUGGGGAUAUUUAGGUCCGUGGAGCCAGGCGCUGCAGCUACCCUCUUCCGGAGGGGCAUUUCCUCGGGCCUGGGCAGCUCCAGUCUGGGGGCUGCGGGGUUUUCCUGGUGGUCUAAAUGGGCUCCUUGAAAACUCCACUAAGGGAGGUACAGCUGAGCACCUCCGAAGGCUGCUCUCCCGCUGCAACCUAAUUUCGGCUUCUUUUUCUUAAGUGAGAAAACACUGCAAACUUUCUUUGUUUGCUGGAGUUGAGCAAAGUAAUUACAUGAGCCAAAGGCAUUUGAACUGAGAUAAUGCAAGCUAAUUUUAAAUGUUAAAACAACAACAAC